GCGAGAUAGUGGAUUGAAACACGUAAUGGAGUGUUGUGAGGUCCUUUUAUUUUCUGUUUCUAACAUUCGUUGCAGGUUUCAAUCAUGUCAAGCGGUGAUGAUAAAAAACACCAACUGGAGGAUUCCUUCAUGCUCAAAGCUAUGCAACAACAAUUUCAGAGGCUAGACAUCAUGUUUGGUGAAAUUAAAGACAAAAUGGAGAAGCAAGAUGCAACCAUUGCCAAGUUAUACCAAAUACAGAAUGGAAGUCCAAAGUUGCAUAAUCACGAUCUUGAUGACAAUGACGAAGAUGCAUUCAACGAUGAUGCCCAGAACUCAAAUUUCAACAUGGACAGAUUUAUGAGAGGUAGAGGGGGUCCAAGAUAUAGAUUUAACAAAGGAGACCAAAAUCUGGCAAGGUGGGGAGAUCGGCAAGAUCAUGACUUAGGCAGCAUCAAGAUGAAGAUUCCUCCAUUUCAAGGCAAAAAUGAUCAAGAUGUAUAUUUGGAAUGGGAAAAGAAGGUGGAAUUGGUGUUUGAUUGCCAUAACUAUUUUGAGGAGAAAAAGGUGAAACUAGCAGCGAUGGAAUUUACUGAUUGCGUUGUGGUGUGGUGGGAUCAGCUUGUGCUUAGUCGACGUAGAAAUCGAGAGUGUCUUAUUGACACUUGGGAAGAGAUGAAGGCUAUGAUGAUAAAACGGUUUGUUCCUAGUCACUACUACUGCGAUCUCUAUCAACGAUUACAAGGCCUUACUCAAGGGUCCAGAAGCAUUGAGGAUUAUCACAAGGAGAUGGAAAUCACAAUGGUUAGAGCGAAUGUCGAAGAAGAUAGAGAAGCAAAAAUGGCACGGUUUCUGCAUGGUUUAAAUCGUGAUAUAGCUAAUGUGGUGGAACUACAGCAUUAUGUUGAAUUAGAGGAUAUGGUGCACAUGGCAAUGAAAGUAGAAAGGCAACUCAAGCGUAAAGGUGCCACCACCAAAACUGGGCAAAAUCUAGGGCAUAUUGCAUCGCAAUGUCCUCAUAAGCACACGAUGAUCUUGAGAGAAGAUGGAGAAAUUGAAACCAAGGGUGAAUCUAAUGAUGAAUCUAUGCCACCAUUAGAAGAUGCUAAUGAUGGUGUGGAAUAUGCUGUUGAUGGAGAACUGCUUUUCACCAAGCGAGCUUUGAAUGUGCAAGCCAACAAAGAUGAUGAAGUACAAUGUGACAAUAUAUUUCACACGAGGUGCCAUGUCGAAAACAAGGACUUCAAGGAUGUGUUUCCAGAUGACGUUCCUAAUGGUUUACCACCAAUAAGAGGAAUAGAGCAUCAAAUUGACUUCAUUCCUGCUGAUGGAAUCGCAAUAGAUGAAGAAAAGGUUAAGGCUAUUAAAGAAUGGCCAACACCUAAAAAUAUUGCUGAGGAGAUGUAUGCAUUGGUAAGAGCUUUAGAGACAUGGCAGCAUUAUCUUUGGCCUAAGGAGUUUGUGAUACAUACUGAUCAUGAGUCGUUGAAGCACCUAAAGGGACAAGGUGACGAUUUGAGGACAAAUCCUUUUGAGGAGAGAGGGAAUGAUGGGAAUCAAGAUGACAGCAUAUCUAUUACGUCAUGUGAUCCAUUACACACCCAAGGAGGACCAGUCACGCGAGCUAGAGCUAAGAAGAUGCGUGAAGCUUUAAAUGGCCUUAUUGAGCAGAUUUGGGUUGAAAACAACAUACAAUAAGCAAAUCGAAGCUUGGAUGAUUAUCAAGGCAUGGUAAACAUCAUUCAGGUUCAAGAGAAGCUUAGUUGAGAUCCUUUGCACGGAAUUACACAGUUUGCGUCAAAAUCACACAAUUCGGCCGCAAUUUGUAGCAAACUGAUAUUUAAUGUUAUUUUAGGUUAUUUUUAGUGAUUUUCACGUUUUUUGUAUUAUUUUUGGGCUGAAUAUUCAGUUAUUUGAAGCCCAAUUCGUGGUUAAUAGGUUUAGGACUUAGGGUGUUAAUUUCCUAUUCUGAUUAGGAUUUGUUUUCUCUAUUGAAAAGGCUUGUAACCCUAAUGGAGAAGGGGGAGGCUAUUAAAUCUGAGAUUUUGAG